GUCUUCUGGCACCACAUGCUCUCAGCUUCACAAACAAACUCCCUCCUGAAAAAGCAAAACUCUUCAUUAUUUAAAACUCUCCAUAUUUAAAUUCAAUUCACACUCAACCAAACCAACCAAAAGUAACACGCGUCAAACACACUUUUCCUUAAAAACCUUAAACAAUUUCCUCCACUUUUUCAUCUGCUUCCGGCACCAAACCCUAACACCUUCCUCACUUGACACUCUCCCAAAUUAUUAUUAUUUUUUUAAUUUUUUAAUUUUUUUUUAAUUCCCUAAAAUAUUCAAUUGAUUCACAUGGAUUUCUCACUCAGAAAAUCCUUCAAAUCCCACAACUCUUAUAAACACCUCAGAAAGGUCUCCGCAGAUAAAUCCAACCACAGCCACGAACACCUCCCUAUGCUCUUCCACCAACACCACGACGACGACUCAAUGCGAGCCGUUGAUUUGUCUGACCACCACCGCGAAGAAGUCAUUGUCAAGAUCGACGACGGAGAUUCCACGGCGAUGAAAGGCUCUGAAACCACUGGCGGCAAGAUUUGGAGAGAGAAUAGUUACGACUUUUGGAAAGACGAAGACAAGUCGGGUUUUGAUUUCGUGCGACGCGGCGGCGGCGGAGAGAAUAGUAAUGCUGUGGCGGCAGCGGCAGCGGCAGCGGCGGCGGAGGAGGAGAAAGAUCCGCCGUCGAAAUUGAUCAGGCAGUUCCUGCACAAGCAAAAGGCUUCGGGCGAUAUGUCGUUGGACAUGGAUUUGGAAAUGGAAGAGCUCCGCGACGAAAACGACAGGAAAUUGCCUCCCGUUUCCGAGUCCUCACUCAAAGCGACAGCCUCGAGAGAGCUCCGGGUGUCGUUUCAAGAAACCGAAUCUUCAACCCCCACCCCCACCACCGCCAACAACAAAAACAACAACGACUCAGUACGACGCCGUUUUAGCAACGACGACAAUAACAACAACAACAACAACGACAACAACAAUGACGUGGUGACGUGUACGGCAAACGCGUCGGUUCAGAGGAAAUCGAGCUUGUUGAGAGCGAAAACUCGGUCGAGGUUGAUGGACCCGCCGCCCGCUGAAAUGGAAAAGCGGUCGGGUUGGAUUCCCAAGUCGGGUCAGAUUCCCAAGUCGGGUCAGAUUCGAUCCGGGAUGUUGCCGAAAAUUGAGGACGAAGACGACGACCCGUUUUUGGAAGAUGAUGUGCCGAACGAGUUCAAAGGUGGGAAUGUGAAUGCAUGGACUAUUUUGCAAUGGCUGGGCUUGGUUGUGCUUAUAGGAGCUUUGGUUUGCACGCUCAGUAUACAUUACUUGCGGGACAAGAAUCUGUGGAAACUGAAGCUGUGGAAAUGGGAAGUUAUGGUUUUGGUUUUGAUUUGUGGGAGAUUGGUUUCUGGGUGGGGAAUUAGGAUUAUAGUGUUUUUUAUUGAAAGGAAUUUUCUUUUGCGUAAAAGGGUGCUUUACUUUGUAUAUGGGGUGAGAAAGCCUGUGCAGAAUUGUCUUUGGUUGGGACUUGUUUUGAUGGCUUGGCAUUUUUUGUUUGAUAAGAAGGUUGAGAGGGAGACGAAGAGUGAUAAGCUUAAGUAUGUUACUAAGGUUUUGGUUUGUAUGUUGGUGGGUACUCUGGUUUGGUUGGUUAAGACACUGAUGGUUAAGGUUUUAGCUUCAUCUUUUCAUGUGAGUACUUAUUUCGAUAGGAUUCAGGAGUCUUUGUUUAAUCAGUAUGUGAUCGAGACGUUGUCCGGGCCGCCCUUGAUUGAGAUACAGAACGCGAAGGAAGAUGAGUUUAGGCUUGUUGAUGAGGUUAGGAAGUUGCAAAAUGCGGGUGCUACUAUGCCCCCGGAUUUGAAGGCGACUGCUUUUCCUUCGAUGAUGAGCGGAAGGGUUAUUGGGAGUGGUGGGCUGCAGAAAAGUCCGAAAGUGAGGAGUGGGAAGUUGUCGAGGACACAGUCGAAGAAGGGGGAUGAGGGCAUAACUAUUGAUCAUUUACAUAAGUUGAAUCCUAAGAAUGUGUCGGCGUGGAAUAUGAAGAGGUUGAUGAGGAUUGUGAGGCAUGGGACAAUUACCACAUUGGAUGAGCAGAUAAUGGAUACUACCCCUUCUGGGGGCGAUGAUUCUUCUACGCAGAUUAGGAGUGAAGUUGAGGCGAAAGCCGCAGCAAAGAAAAUAUUUCAGAAUGUUGCUAGGCGCGGGUCCAAGUUCAUCUACAUGGAGGACUUGAUGCGUUUCUUGCGAGAAGAUGAGGCUAUGAAAACCUUGAGUCUCUUUGAAGGAGCCUCUGAGACCAGGAGAAUCAGUAAAUCAUCCUUGAAGAACUGGGUGGUCAAUGCGUUCAGAGAGCGAAGAGCACUCGCUUUGACGUUGAAUGAUACCAAAACAGCCGUGAACAAGCUUCAUCGAGUGUUGAACAUUCUAGUUGGCCUUGGCAUAUUUGUGGUUUGGCUUCUGAUAUUGGGAAUUGCGACAACCAAAUUUCUGCUCUACAUAAGCUCUCAGCUCGUCCUCGUUGCAUUUAUUUUUGGAAACACCUGCAAGACAGUAUUUGAAGCAAUCGUCUUCUUAUUUGUAAUGCAUCCAUAUGAUGUUGGAGAUAGGUGUGAAAUUGAAGGGGUUCAGAUGGUUGUAGAAGAAAUGAACAUCUUGACUACCGUAUUUCUGAGAUAUGACAAUGCAAAGCUCAUUUUCCCAAACAGUGUUCUUGCUACUAAGCCCAUCAAUAACUUCUAUCGUAGUCCUGACAUGGGAGAUGCCAUUGAAUUCUUUAUCCAUAUAGCAACACCUGCAGAUAAGAUUGCAGCUAUGAGGCAAAGAAUAAUUAGUUAUAUUGAGAGCAAGAAGGAGCACUGGUAUACUGCACCUAUGAUUAUAUUGAAGGAUUUUGAAGAGUUAAACAGACUGAGGUUGGCCUUGUGGCUGACACACAAAAUGAACUACCAAGACAUGGGUGAGAAGUUUGCAAGGAGAUCUCUUUUGAUGGAAGAGAUGGUUAAGAUUUUCCAUGAGCUUGAUAUUCAAUACCGCCUGCUUCCAGUUGACAUUAAUGUCCGCGCCAUGCCUCCUGUGAUCUCUACCCGUGUUCCAACCACUUGGGUGGAAAAUACGAGUUUGAGUGAGGAAACAGGCAAGUUUGCCAACUAGUUGUAUCUCCAUGGUAUGCAUAUGACAGUUGGCAAUUGACUUGCAGGGCACCAUUUUCAUAGAGUAGCAUUCUGUAUAAAAUGACAAUAAUUUUGUGUAUUAUUCUGUUUAGUUGGCUUAUCUUGUCUGAAUUUAGUCUUCAGGCUUUUAUAUAUUAUGCACCUAGUACCUAUCAAACUAGAGUAAUUUCUUUC